AAAAAAGUACAAUAAAAAUGGGUGAUAUUGAGAAGGGCAAGACUUUGGUUCAGAAAUAUGCCCAGUGUCAUACCAUGGAAAAAAGAGGCAAGCACAAAACUGGGCCAAAUCUCCAUGGUUUAUUUGGGCAAAAGGCAGGUCAGGCACCUAGAUUUUCUUACACAGAUGCCAAUAACAAAGGCAUCACCUGGGGAGAGGAGACACUGAUGGAGUAUUUGGAGAAUCCCAAGAAGUACAUCCCUGGAGCAAAAAUGAUCUUCACUGGCAUUAAGAAGACAAGGAAAAGAGCAGACUUGAUAGCUUAUCUCAAAAAAGCUACUAAGGAGUAAUGGUUGGCCAUUGCCUUAUUUAUUACAAAACAAAAAUGUCUUGUGACUUUUUUAUGUGUACAUAUUUAAAUUGAUCUCAUACACCAGAAACCAGAUCAUGAAUAGCUGACAACUGUUUCUUUUGGACAGUCCUGAUUGAAAUAAGAUUGGCUUGUGGCUAAAUGAAUAUGAUCAG